CGUCUUUCAGUUUCACCCUGUUUCACAUUAUUAUUAGCAUAUGUUGCAAGCACUCACCUGGACCACAUGUGAACGCCGCAGAUAAAUCAUAAUCCAAAAAAAAAUCAGUCACGCGUAUCACGUGAUCGCCUGACGCAUCCUUUGCUCCGGACUGCGAGUCAUUCGUAUCGUUCAGACAUCCACUAGGCAGCUUUGUCUUGAUUAUUCGGCUCUUUAUGUCUGAAAUCCAAACAACAUCUCCUUUCUUUCUCACAUCUUUCCAGGACCUUACAAUAGAGGAGAAAUUACGGUAUAAAGACAAGCAACUCCUCCAAGGUUGUGGUGUAAACGGCUCGGGUACGUCACCCGAGACCACAGUCCCAGAAGAGGAAUGUGAACCCUUGCUCAUGCCUUCUCAACGGCGCUUCACCCUUUUCCCCAUACAGUAUCAUGAAAUUUGGACCAUGUACAAGACGGCGGAGGCAUGUUUUUGGACUGCCGAAGAAAUGGAUCUCUCAACAGACGUUGUGCACUGGAAUACCCGACUAACUUCAAAUGAACGUCACUUCAUCUCUCAUGUUUUAGCUUUCUUUGCUGCGUCGGAUGGCAUAGUAAACGAGAACUUGGUUGAGCGUUUUUCAAACGAAGUUCAGAUCGCAGAAGCUCGAUGCUUUUACGGUUUCCAAAUCAUGAUCGAAAACGUCCAUUCCGAGACUUAUUCGCUCCUUAUCGACACACUCAUCAAGGACGUCAAUGAGCGCCAAUAUAUUUUUGAUGCAAUAGAGACCAUACCGGCCGUCAAGAGAAAGGCAGACUGGGCGUUGCGAUGGAUAUCUGACAAAGAGGCGACAUUUGCCACUCGGUUAAUUGCCUUUGCUGCUGUUGAGGGUAUCUUCUUUUCCGGCUCGUUUGCAUCAAUAUUCUGGCUCAAAAAGCGCGGAUUAAUGCCGGGGCUCACUUUCUCUAAUGAGCUCAUCAGUCGUGACGAGGGGAUGCACACCGACUUCGCUUGUCUUUUGUUCAGCCAUCUCAAACGAAGACCACAUCCAGAUGUCGUACAAAAAAUCAUCACAGAAAGUGUCCAGAUCGAACAAGAGUUUUUAGCAGAUGCGCUUCCAGUCAGCCUCAUUGGCAUGAACGUAACCAUGAUGUGCCAGUAUAUUGAGUUUGUUGCUGACCGUCUUCUGGUAUCGUUGGGGAACGAAAAGUUUUACAACUCCACGAAUCCGUUUGAUUUUAUGGACAUGAUUUCCAUGCAGGGAAAGACAAAUUUCUUUGAGAGGCGCGUGUCUGACUAUGCGAAGGCACAUGUUAGACAUUCGGACGCUUCUACGGCGUCUUCUUCAAGAGUAUUUUCUCUUCACGAGGAUUUCUGAGCUUCGAUGGCACUUGUAGAUUCACACUCAACUCAAUCACGUACCUAAUAACAUAUUUCACAGCCAUAUGUCCACUACUUAGUCUAUAGCAUGCCCCAUAGCUCAGAGGUUAUAUAUAACUUCCUUCGUC